AUGGGUCGUGGUAAGGUUGAGCUCAAGCGGAUCGACAACAAGAUCAGCCGGCAGGUGACGUUUGCCAAGCGCCGGAACGGGCUGCUCAAGAAGGCGUACGAGCUGUCGGUGCUCUGUGACGCCGAGGUCGCCCUCAUCAUCUUCUCCACCCGCGGCCGCCUCUUUGAGUUCUCUACCUCAUCAUGCAUGUAUAAGACGCUUGAGAGGUACCGCAGUUGCAACUACAACUCCAAAGCAACAGCAACUCCGGAGACUGAAUUAAGCAAUUACCAAGAGUAUUUAAAGAUGAAGACAAGAGUUGAGUUCCUACAGACAACUCAGAGAAAUCUUCUUGGUGAAGACUUGGGCCCACUUAGCAUUAAGGAGCUUGAGCAACUUGAGAACCAAAUUGAGAUAUCUCUCAAAAAUAUAAGGUCGACAAAGAGCCAGCAGGCACUUGAUCAGCUCUUUGAGCUCAAGCGUAAGGAACAACAACUGCAAGAUGUUAACAAAGACUUAAGAAGGAAGAUACAAGAAACUAGUGCAGAAAAUGUGCUGCAUAUGUCUUGCCAGGAUGUUGGACCUAGUGGGUCUAGUGGACAGGCUAAUCAAGCGAACGAGCAGGAACUAUUUCACUCUGCAGUUUGUGACCCGACUCUGCAUAUAGGGUUUCAUCAAUCUUACGUGGAUCAACUGAACAAUAACUGAGUGAAUGGUU